AUGAGACGUGUAAGGGAAGCUAUAUUUGAGAAUAACAUAUGGAAUGAAGAGAUAUUGGAGAUUGUUGAUCGUAGGUGGAGAGACCAACUGCAUCAGGAUAUCCAUACAACGGGGUUCUUUCUUAAUCCACAAAAUUUGUACUCCAAUGUCACUUUAGAUUAUGUAGAUAUCAUGGAAGGGGUAAGAAACUGCAUCUACAGGCUUGAACCUGAUAUUGAAACUCAGAUGGAGUCACAAUGGUGGACGAUACACGGAAUUCGAACAAAGAAAUUGCAAAAGAUUGCCGUUAGAUUUUUGAGUCAAACAUGUGCUGCCUUGGGCUGUGAGAGAAACUGGAGUACAUUUCAGUGGAUACAUGCCCCGAGGCGGAAUAGGUUAAAGACACAGACGCUGUACAACUUGGUGUACAUUUAUUAUAAUUUAAAAUUGAGAGAGAAACAUACAAGGAGGACCCCCACAGACUACACGCCAAUCAACCUUGAUUACAUCUUCCGGAGGGACCUCGCUGAUGAGUGGGUGUCACUAAGGACCCUACUAAUAGACCAAGAUUUUCUUAGUGGGGCAGCUACCGAUAUGGAUGAUAAUGUGAAUGUUGCAGCAUCUAAUGAAGGAGACAUGACAAUGGACAUGGAUGACGAUUAUACACAAGAUGAAGAUGAUGCACAUGAUGAUGAAACAUAUGAGACAAUGGAAAACAAUUGGAAAGAACCAAUCAUCCAGGAAUGUGAAGGGGCUCAACAUGAUGCGAUGCCUGAUGAACAGGAAGAUUUAAUGAGAUUGGCUAGGGAGGAAGUCCAGGCAUUGAAGCAUAGGAGUUACUCAACAAGGGAGAGACGAAGCCGUGGCCAUCACCGUAACCUGGUUAUUCAUGAUGAUGACAAUAUUGAAGAUGCUGAGGGCCAUAACACAGAACAGUGUGGGGGUAAUACAGAGGUGCGGGUAACACAGAACAGGGUGGGGAAGAGCAUGAAGGCUGGACGAGUCUAA